AUGGGAAAGGCGCUUCAUAAAUUGUAUAGCAAUUUCAUGUAAAAGUAUUUUUUGGAAGUAUUCUGAACAAUGGGGAAAAAGAAAACCUCUGAUACGGUACGGAAAACAAAAGGCACACGAGACAUUAAAACCAACCCGUUUGAAUUAAAGAUAAACAAACAGAAAUUUCAGAUUCUUGGACGAAAAACAAAACAUGACCGUGGUUUGCCUGGAGUAUCCCGAUCCAAAUCUAUCAAAAAGCGAACUGAGACCUUGCUGAAGGAGUACAGGGAGAAGGACAAAGCCAAUACCUUCAUUGACAAACGAUUUGGUGAAUAUGAUACUAAGUUAACUCCAGAAGAAAAGAUGAUGAAGAGAUUCUCUUUGGAGAGACAGCGCCUCCAUACAAAGAAGAACGUGUACAAUCUGAAUGAAGAUGAAGAGCUCACUCACUAUGGACAGUCCCUGGCAGACAUUGAGAAGCUGAAUGAUAUGCCAGACAGUGACAGUGAUACAGAGGGUAAACUUUCUGCUGAAUUUACCGCAGCUGCACAUUUUGGGGGUGGAGGGUUGCUACGGAAAAAGACUUCAUCUGAACAAGAGGAGGAGGAACACAAGCCGAAAUCCCGGAAGGAGUUGAUUGAGGAUCUUAUUGCAAAAUCCAAGAAGGAGAAGCACGAGCGUCAGACGCAGAGGGAGGAGGCACUGGUGCUCACUCAGAAACUGGACAAAGAGUGGAAAGAAGUACAUUCUCUCCUGGCUUGCAAAACUCCCAACGCCGGACCUAAGAAAGCAGAGCCACAGCAGCCCAAGGUUGACGAUUAUGAUAUUCUGGUCCGAGAACUGGGCUUUGAGAUGAAGGCACAGGCCUCCGAUCGACUGAAGUCUACAGAAGAGCUGGCAAAGGAGGAGAGUGAGCGUCUGGAGAAACUUGAGGCAGAAAGAUUGCGCCGAAUGCGGGGAGAGUUUGAAAAUCGGGGCAAGAAAAGGCCGAAGCACAUGUCUGCGGAUGAUUUGCACGAUGGCUUCAUUCUGGACAAAGAUGACAAGCUUCAUCUUACUUACAAGGAUGAGGAAGAAGAGGAAGGGGGAGAGGAAGAUGGGGAGGAGGAAGAAAGUAACAAUGCGAUGGAUAGUGAAAAUGAAGAGGAAGAUGAAGAUGAAGAUAGUGGUGACGAAGAGGAGGAAGAGGACAGUCAUUCAGAUCUGGAGUCUGAUAAUGAAAAGGAAGAAGAUGAUGGGGAUGAUGAUGAUGGCGAUGAUGAUAAUGAGGGUGAUUCAAAUGAUAAAAAGAGACCUGCUAAACCUAUAUCAACUAAAGAAAAAGUACAGGUUGAAGAAGAAAAGCAAGCGAUGAUAACAGCGGCCAAAUCUGAGCUCCCUUUCACUUUUCCUGUCCCUGAAUCCUUAUCCCAACUGAAAUCUUUGCUAACGGGGAAGGAAACAGAAAAUCAGUGUUUGAUAGUGGAGCGCAUUCAGAAAUGCAACCACCCAAGCCUUGCUGAAGGAAACAAACUCAAAUUAGAGAAACUCUUUGGGUUCCUGUGGGAAUAUGUUGGGGAGCUGGCAACCAGGAGGCCACCAGAUUUGAAGACUAUUGACAAGAUGGUACCACAGUUGUAUGAAUUGUCCCAGAUGUUUCCUGAAGUUGCAUGUGGUUGCGUACAAUCAAGUCUUCAGCAAAGUAUGCAGGAAUUGGACAGUCAGCUGGAGGCCAACGGUCGUGCUCCUUUUCCUGGACUAGACAAGCUAAUCUACUUGAAAAUUGCAUCAUCUUUGUUUCCGACCUCUGAUUUCCGACAUUCAGUGGUUACUCCAGCAAUGGUCUACAUGAGUCAUAUGGUUAUCCGGUGCUCUGUUACCUCGCUACGAGACAUUGCUGCUGGACUGUUCACCUGCUGCGUCUUCCUCGAGUACGUUUCUCUCUCGAAACGUUUUAUUCCUGAAGUCGUGAAUUUCCUGCUGGGAAUUCUCCACAUGGCCGUUCCUAACAAAGGCGAAAUUCUGGGAUACACACUGGUACCUCCUUUUAAACCUGGUGGGAAAUUCUCUGACUUACUUGUGGUGAAAGAUAAAAAGGCUGCAGAAUCGUGGGAAAGGAAGCCGCUGCCGAUAUCUAUGAUUCAGGGUGUGGAACUGAAAGACGAGCCACAAGUGACACAUUUCAGGUUGUCCUUCGUAGCACAAUGUUUGGAUUUGUGUAAACGGUGCGCCUCCUUGUACAAAUCACUGUCUACCUUCCACCAAAUAAUUCACCCGGUCAAAACUCUUCUGACUAAAUAUCUUUGUGUCAACGAUUACCCAACACAGCUUCAGGACCUGUACCAUGAAGUCCUGAAGGAAAUAGAAAGUCAACCAAAAUCCUAUCAGCCCCUUGAGUUUGAAAGGAAGAAACUAGUGCCAUUAAAACUUUUCACACCGAAAAUAGUGGAAGUGACAGACUAUGGGCGGAAACAAGGUGGCUCCAAACUAGAGCGAGAGCGAAUGAAGCUUAUCCAUAAACACAAGCGAGAAUUCAAAGGAGCUGUUCGAGAAAUCCGCAAAGACUCACAAUUCCUGGCCAGACAUCAACUUUCCGACAUCAUGGAAAGGGAUGCGGAGAGGAAGAGGAAGGUGAAAUCCUUGUUCCAAAAUCUGGCCACGCAGGAGGGUGAAUGGAAGGCCAUGAAGAGACAGAAGCGGAAAACUUAAUAACUUUGUCUUUUGAUCAAAGAGAGUGGAGAAGUGCUGUCUGAGCGGGGGCCAGGGAAGCUUUUGGAAGGAGAACGCAGGACUCGAAUUUUGAGCAGUGAUGAUGCUUUCCUGAAGUGUCUUUCCAAAGAAUUGAGGAAGAUUAACUUGUGGGAUACAUUUUCCUUAUACAACUUUCUGUAAUGGAAUAUUGUAAAUGGACUCAGAAAAAGUGUUAAGUAAACAGUUUUUUAAACUAC